AUGCCACUCUUCCUACAAGCGCAGAAUACAGAGGCAGAAAGAAGCUUUGAAUGGACAGUGAUUAAUGAUACAAUGAAGGCCUGGAGUGAUAGUCAGUCAGACCUUUACAGCAGUGACCUAGAAGAAGAGGAAGAAAUGAUUUUUGGAGAAAACGAAGAAGACUUGGAAGAGAUGAUGGAUCUAAGUGAUCUUCCUACCUCACUCUUUGCUUGCAGUGUUCACGAAGCAGUGUUUGAAGUUCAAGAGCAAAAGGAAAGAUUUGAAGCACUUUUCACAAUCUACGAUGCUCACGUUACAUUCCAGUUAUUUAAAAGCUUCCGAAGAGUAAGGAUAAACUUUAGCAGUCCAGAAGCAGCAGCCAGAGCACGGAUAGAACUCCAUGAGACAGAUUUUAAUGGGAAAAAACUGAAGCUAUAUUUUGCCCAGGUUCAGGUGCCCAGUGAAGUGGGAGACAAAUCUUACCUUUUGCCCCCCCAGCCUGUCAAACAGUUCCUGAUAUCACCUCCGGCAUCCCCACCCGUAGGAUGGAAGCAGAGUGAAGAUGCUACUCCCAUGAUAAACUAUGACUUGCUUUGCGCUGUUUCAAAAUUGGGGCCUGGGGAAAAGUACGAGCUUCAUGCUGGAACCGAAUCCACUCCAAGCGUUGUGGUCCAUGUGUGCGAAAGUGAAACUGAAGAGGAAGAGGAAGUGAAAAAUCCCAAGCAGAAGAUCGCGCAAACUCGCCGCCCAGACCCACCACCUGCCUUAAUAAGUGAAACAAAAACUCUCGAAUGUAUGCUAGAAGUAGGAGGUGGGAUGCACUACUGAUUUGAAGCUAUUUAAUCAUGGCAGUGGAUGAUUACUCCCAUUUGCAUUGCUGCAUCCUGCGUAGCAGCAACAGACUCCUCUUUGCAGUCAUCUCACAUCAAGAAGACAUUUUGAAGAGCACUUUAAUUUUUAAGGUCAACUUCCAAGAUGUAGCAAAUCCACUAGGCUGCCAAUCCUAGGAGAGUGCCAUUUCUGGUAAUCUGUGUUACCAUUCUCUUGGUGUUUGUAAGGCCGAAGGAACUUGGCUGCUGCCAUUUAUAUAUGGGCUACCACAUGGUUUUGUAUGUGAGUCUCUCAUGCAUAUUUUUGUGUGCUGAUGUAUACCAUGAAUCUGAUUCACUUGAUGUUCUAAGUAAUCUAGUGACAAAUUAUACAUGUAAUGUACAAUGUACAUUGUUAUCAGUAGGAGAAUCUCAAACUGUUUUUGAGGUGAUAGAAUCAAAUAUUCAAGCAGGUUUGUUUUUGUGGUUUUGGUUUUUUUUUUCUUCUUAUAGGUGCCAUAGCUGUUUGUGUUGAAUGUCAAGGUAUUAUUGUGAAUUGUUGUAAGACAAGACAAAAACUAAUUGGGAGUUGUAAUGGUUCUUUUCUGCCCACUGCGAUUAGGAAAAUUUUAAAAAAUUGAAAUGCCUAUAAGGAUACAGUGGAGAAGGGAUUCAUUACCUUUGGAGAACAUUUUCUUGAUCUGUAGUUUUCCACCUACUAUGGUUAUAUGUCUUACAUGAGAUAUUUCCAAAGCAAGAAGCGUCGUCUUCUGCAGCUUGUUCUUCUUUGCCUGUUUUCAGAAUAUUCUGGUUGGCCAAGGAAGCAUAGCCCUCUCACGCUUCACUUUCCCAUCACUUUAACUGUUUCCCAUGUGUGUCAAAUUUAUCAUUUCUAGGAUCCGAUCACACAUUCUGUGCCAAGAUGUUUAGCCAUGGUUUGUUCUACAAGCCAUAGUAACCUGGUCUAUUGAUGAAGCUAAGCCAAAAACAAACCAGCUGCUUUAUGUCUUAUGCAAUAUGUAGAUCAGCCUGCUGUCUUGUAGAGCAGCGGCC